AUGUUGAAAACCAAGAAUAUUUUGAUCGGAACAUGCGGUAUCGGAGCUGCUACUAUGUUCUCUUUAAUUGUUGCCAUUGCACACAUUAUCAGUGAAAUACAAAUGAUAGAAAGUGAACUUGAUAUCGAGAUUGAGGCAUUCAAGUUGAAAGCAAGGGAUCUUUGGAAAGAUAUGAUGUCGAUGAACGUUAGUUAUCGCCAACGUCGUCAAUAUCUCAGUGGUGACAGUUCAAAUGUUACUGAACGUCUGAUUCCUGUAGUAGAGAUGAAGAUACUCUGGGCUAAUAAGGGAAGCAGUUCCAAUAAAGGAAGUGGAACCAUAAAGCUAAAUGUUACGCAAAAUGAUCUCACCUGUACGGAAGCAUACAUGGAAGAACUAGGCGUAGAAACUUCAACUUCCACCGGCGAAAAUGUUAAUAAGGAAAAUUUAUGCCCAAUGGGACCACCAGGACCGCAAGGACCAGAUGGUAUGGAUGGCGUAGACGGUAUGGAUGGAGUGGAUGCUCCGGAUGGUCCAGAUAUGUACGAUAUAAGAGCACAAAUACAACAGUACGAAAGUUGUUUUCACUGUCCACCUGGUCCAAUAGGUCAACCUGGUCCACCAGGUCGUCCUGGACCCCGAGGAAUGCGUGGCUCUCGCGGUCGAAACGGUUCAAAUGGUCACGACGGUCAACCAGGUCCUCCAGGACAGAUGGGCGCAGAUGGGCAACCUGGACCCAUGGGUGAGGAAGGACCACAAGGUGAACCGGGUAUCAAUGCAGAGCAAGUUGUUGGAGCUCCAGGUCCAAAGGGCAUCCCAGGUCCCAGUGGUCCGCCUGGUGAGCAAGGUGAUGCAGGUGAACCUGGUCAACCAGGCCUUGAGGGGCCACCCGGAGAACGUGGGCCUGAUGGUGAAAAAGGAGAUGACGGCGAGCAGGGUGAGCCAGGUGAGUUUGGUGAAGAAGGAAUGCCAGGAAGUGACGCGGAAUAUUGCCAAUGUCCCAGUAGAAGCAGAACUUUUAACAGCGAAGGAUAUUCACCUUCUGCAGAAUACAAAUAG